UUCUGUUAUAUUUCUAAAAAUGCAAACAAUAUUUUCCAGUUUGUCCUAGAGUAUAGCAUGGAGAAUGUCACGUAUGUGUCUCUCUUCAUUCUGAGGGGCCUCACAGACAACACUGAACUUCAGAUCAUUCUUUUUUUCCUAUUUCUAAUGAUUUAUCUUUUUACACUCAUGGGAAACAUAGGACUUAUUGCAGUAGUCAUUGGGAAUCCUCAGCUCCACAACCCAAUGUACUAUUUUCUAGGUGUUUUAUCAUUCAUAGACACUUGCUUUUCUACCAUUAUCACUCCCAAAAUGUUAAUAGAUUUUAUGUCAAAGAAGAAAGUCAUUUCAUUCCUUGAAUGUACAACACAGAUGUUCCUUGCUGUUAGCUGUGGAACAACAGAGUGUUUUCUCUUGGCUGCAAUGGCUUAUGACCGCUAUGUAGCUAUUUACAACCCACUUCUAUAUGCAGUGAGCAUGUCACCCAGACUCUAUGUGUCACUCAUCAUUGCCUCCAAUGUUGGUGGAAUUCUUCAUGCAUCUAUCCAUACAGCAGCUACUGCUAGUCUCUCCUUUUGUAACUCCAAUGAAAUUAAGCAUUUUUUCUGUGAUAUUCCUCCUCUACUGGCUAUUUCUUGCUCUGACACUAAAAUGAAUGAACUUCUGCUCUUUGUCUUUGUGAGCUCCAUUGAGGUACUCACUAUAUUGAUCAUCAUCAUCUCUUACAGUUUCAUCUUAUUUGCCAUUUUGAAGAUGCAUUCUGCUGAGGGGAGACAAAAAGUGUUCUCUACAUGUGGUUCUCACCUCACUGGAGUGUCCAUAUAUUAUGGAACAAUCUUCUUCAUGUAUAUGAGACCAAGUUCCAGCUAUGCCUUGGAACAUGACAUGAUAGUGUCCACAUUUUAUGCCAUUGUGAUUCCCAUGUUGAAUCCUAUCAUCUAUAGUCUUAGGAACAAAGAGGUAAAGGAGGCAAUGAAAAGACUUUUAGGAAAAGAGUUUAUGAACGUAAAAUAA